CGUACAUUUUUACUUGGGUGUUGGUUGAAUUGAAAGUGUGUUUGUGUCGGUGUCCGUCAUGACUCAGAAUUCAUGGUCGCCUCGCGUUUCGUAAUUAUAAUUUCCCUCCACUUCAUAAAAAUGAAAUUGUAGUUUCAAAGAACCCUAAUCCAGUGGUUUCUGGCAACGCUCAUCUAUCAGGAUGGAUUUCAGAGUUGUAAUACAAUUUCUUUUUGCUGAAUUUCCAUCCGUUCUAUUUGUCAAGGUGCGCGCUUAGUGCCGUUUGGAUCUCCUGUCUUUGAUAUUUCCCCUUGUCCAUAAAAUAUAUUUCUGCAAAAUUUAUCAGAAAGAAAAUUAAGUAAACACAAUGGAUCAAGCAAGGAAUAGACCAAGUAGACCCCGCCUACGCUCACAUAACAAUCCAGCACGAGUACUUGUUUUUGAUCAAGUUGAAUCAGAAGAUGCUACUCCAAAGGCAGAAACAGAGGCUACUCGACGACCUUUGCCACCAAAGGUCGAAAGCAAAGAAGCUCCUGUUCGUCCAGUUAGUGGAGAAAUAUCGAAUUUGGUGCGAAUGAGAAAUUCUAUGAUCGGAAAAUCAGCGCCUUCACUAUCUGUUCAUAUGCGGGAUUUUAAUAUUCCUCGACGUAUCGUGAAGGCAGCGCAUCGAAAGUCUUUCAUUUCGACAACUUCUCCCACUUUGCCACGAUGCAAUUCACCAUUAUCAGCUUUCGUUCCGAUUGUAGGCAGUCCUUUAGAGAGUCCUAGGAUGUCAUCCAGUCCACAUUUUGCUUUUGCUCCAAUAAAAAGAAUUGGAGGAGCCGCUUCAGGUUCGGCAGAUGGAAGACGAUGGUCUGUGGCAAGUUUACCAUCGAGUGGUUAUGGAACAACUCCUGGUUCUAGUAAUGUUUCGUCACAGUGUUCUAGUCAAGAACGUCUCCAUCAAUUACCAAAUAUACCAACAAAAGAUGAAUUGCGAAUGCUUUCUUGUCAUUUUUCCAAACCUGGAACACCAUGUUCGUCACAUCCUGGAUUUCCAGGUACGAAUUUUUCCGGUAUUCCCGGAAACGGAGCAAGUCUCGAUGAAGAGGGUCGAAUGUCACCGUUGCAUCGUCCCCGAUCUCGAAGUUUAAGUUCUCCGAGUCGUUCGCCAGUAAUGGAUAAUGAAAUUGUUAUGAUGAACACACUUUACAAGGAACGAUUUCCAAAGGCAACGCAACAAAUGGAAGAGCGUUUAACCAACUUUAUCAACGAGAAUAAGGAGAUUGAUGAAUAUGAAGUUGUUUCGCAAAUGACACCAGAUUCUCUGCCAAUUUUGAGAUUUGUUCAUCAUCAGGUCAUCGAAAUGGCGAGAGAUUGUUUACAGAAGGCUCAGGAGAAAUUAGUGACAACAAGGUACUUUUAUGAGAUGAGCGAGAAUUUAGAACACUUACUAAUGGAGACGAAGGACAAGUCUUUAGAAGCAGCAGCACGUUUAACUGGAUUAAUAAAGAAGCUUCUUUUAAUAAUAUCCCGACCUGCUAGACUUUUAGAAUGCCUCGAAUUCGAUCCUGAAGAAUUUUAUCAUUUACUCGAACAGGCCGAAGGGCAAGCUAAAUUUAAUGCAGGAAUUAAGACUGAUAUCCCCCAAUACAUCAUUAAUAAAUUAUCUUUGAAUAGGGAUCCAAUUUCAGAAUUACAAGAAGAUUUGAACAAAUUAGAGGACUCGGCGAGUUCGAGUGAUAGUAAUUUACAAUUAACAUCUUCGAGUCCCAACAAGGAAGAUGAUAAUAUUAGAUCGCAAAAGAUUCCAAGCGAAAGUGAUUACGAAGUUUUAAAACAUAUCAGCAAUGGUGCUUAUGGCGCGGUUUAUUUGGUUAAGGAAAAAUCCACGAAACAGCGAUUCGCCAUGAAGAAGAUUAAUAAAAAUAAUCUUAUGCUGAGAAAUCAAGUAGAACAAGUUUUUGCUGAACGCGAUAUAAUGAGCUUCACGGACAACCCUUUUGUAGUUUCUAUGUAUUGCAGUUUUGAAACAAAGAAACAUUUGUGUUUAGUUAUGGAAUACGUUGAGGGUGGUGAUUGUGCCAAUCUUUUGAAAAUCAUAGGCCCACUGCCUCCCGAUAUGGCCAGAUUUUACUUCGCGGAGACAGUUUUAGCUGUCGAGUACUUACACAGUUACGGUAUCGUUCACCGUGAUUUAAAACCAGAUAAUUUGCUCAUCACUGCUUUGGGUCAUAUUAAACUCACAGAUUUUGGCCUUAGUAAAAUGGGUCUUAUGUCCUUGGCAACGAAUUUGUACGAGGGAUAUUUGGAUAGAGAUACCAGGCAGUUUUCUGAUAAGCAAGUGUUUGGUACCCCUGAGUAUAUUGCGCCGGAAGUAAUUUUACGCCAAGGAUACGGAAAGCCCGUGGACUGGUGGUCCAUGGGAAUUAUUCUCUACGAAUUUCUUAUCGGUUGUGUACCAUUUUUUGGUGAAACACCCGAAGAACUAUUUGCGCACACUGUCAAUGAUGACAUCGAAUGGCCUGCCGAGGAAGAUUGGUCAGUGCAACCGGAAGCGAAAGAUAUUAUCACCGUUUUAUUGCAACAAAGUCCUCGAGAUCGUUUAGGAACUGGAGGUUCACACGAAGUGAAGGAUCAUCCAUAUUUUUAUGGCGUCGAUUGGAACAGUCUUCUACGACAGAAAGCCGAAUUUGUCCCUCAAUUGUUGAAUGACGACGACACCAGUUAUUUUGACUCCCGAGUCGAUCGUUAUAAUCACGAUAUUGGUGAGGACACUGACGACACUGAUGAUUCCCCAUUGUUUGGUUCAUUUUCCUCCUAUUCGCCACAGUCUCGUAAAAUUUCCCAAACUCGUCCACCCCUUGCAAACGAGUCUGAAUUAGAUUACACGAAAAAGCAAUUAUUUUCCAAGGAAUUAGAGAGAAUGAUGGCGCAAUUGUCGCCAAGUUCAUCAGCAGUCUCGGUCUCACCGCCAUCGAAACUCAUCGAUAAAAUUCAAAAUCUCGAGAAAACACCACCAUUGAAAAGCAGUCCUUUGGCGAAAACUGAAAAGUCCGAUAAUUCAUUUACAAGUCCGGCUACAAUAUCUUCUGGCGAUUCGCAAUUAACGAUUGUUAAGAGUGAGGGAACGAGUGGAACUAUUUGCCUCAGUACGCCCGAAUCAUCGCAAACGGAAUCCGAUGAUAUUAGUCCACAGAUCCAAAGAAAACGCCACAUACAUUCCCGGGAUAAGUUACCCAGGUUCAGUAUUUCCAUUCAUGGUGAUGAAAUAUUGGAUUUAGCAGCAGCGCAUAGAGCGUCAACUGAGGAAAAGAAUAAUUCAAGUACUGACUCAUUUGAAUCGUUUACACCACUGCCACUUCUACCAAGUGGGAAACAAAAAUCUCGUUCUGUGAUUAAAUCAGCCUCGACUAGUGGAUUAUCUCUGGUUAUUCCAGCCACUGACUUUUCUUAUGAAGCUUCAGGGACAGGUCAAGCAAUCGAAUCACCAGGAGGAUCAUCGACUGCCUCGUCUAGGGAUACAUCGCCUUGUCGGGAAUUAAGUCCUUUGGUAACAAGUCUAAAACCACCAACAAUUAUUCGAAGGGGUCCUCGCGGAUUUGGAUUCACGGUUCAUACGAUUAGAGUUUAUUACGGCGACAGUGACUUUUACACAAUGCAUCAUUUAGUCAUGGCAGUGGAUCAACACAGUCCCGCUUUUGAAGCCGGAUUAAGACCUGGCGAUUUGAUAACUCACAUAAAUGGUGAACCAGUACAGGGUCUCUAUCACACUCAAGUUUUGCAACUAAUGUUAAGUGGUGGCGAUCACAUAACAUUACGUAGCACACCACUGGAAAAUACGAGUAUUAAAACUGGUGGUCGUCGACGAGAAUUGCAACAGAGUAAAAUGGCGCGGAAAACUUUACACAAACAACGAAAGCAGAAGCGCGAUCAUUCGGAGAAGAAACGGAAAACGUCACUAUUUAGGAGAAUCAGCUCAAAGCGUGCGAGCGUCGAAAUGCAACAGCCAUUAAGUAUCAGUUGUCCUUUGUCAGCACCCAUUCUACCCAGUGACAGCAAACCUCCACUUAUGAUGGCUGUGGGAAUGUGUUCACCUUCAAUGGUAUCAGCUAGUCGAUCAUUUCAAUCGUUUACACGAUCUCUUCCAGCUCAGCAGCAAGAUGCAUUUGUGUAUUAUGGUGGAUCAUCAAAGGCAACAUGUAAUCCGUCCUCAUCGACUAACCGUCCUAAUUCGGAAUCAUAUCAUUCGGCUGGAACAUCAAGUCCAUGUUCAAGUCCAAAUUCAUCAUCUCCAGCUUCGAGUAGUUCCAUUGGAAAUAUGUCAAAUUUAUCGAAUCAAUCACAUUAUCAGCGACCAAGUACUUUGCAUGGAUUGAAACAUAAACUUCAUACUGCUGCUAAGAAUAUUCAUUCGCCAAAUAGAAGAAAAUCGGUAGGACAUAUACCAUUAUCGCCAUUGGCAAGAACUCCUAGUCCAUCACCAAUUCCCGCUAGUCCGACUAGAAGUCCAAGCCCUUUGACAUUCCCCACUGGACAUCAGCCAGGCAGCUCCAAUACGACCCAGUCUUACAGUCCAGGGGUGUCAAUGUCAACGCCGAACAAUCAGAAGAAAAGUUUCAAUCGACCGAAAUCGGCAGAACCCGGUUCACCGCUAUUGAGACGUGCACUGAGUCCUGAUCGGCUUCAUCCACGUUCGGCGGAGAAUAAAACGUCGAUCUCACCAUUAGCAAAUACUGUAGUUAAAGUAAAUCCUCGUGUAACUAUUGCGCAAACGUCCAAUACAGCCACUGAAGACGUGAGUGAUAUAACAAAAGAAAGUAAUGAAUCUAAGACUGAUAAAAAGGCAGCGUGUGAGCAAAAAGUGACAGCCGAUUAUACAAAAUUAACACACGGAAUAUCGAUAAAUAUUGGCAAUGUUGUAAUAUCGAAUUCCUGUGGAAGUACACAACUUCCAAGAAUAGCUGAGGAAAAAGAUUCACCCACCGGUACAAAAACCGAUGAUUAUUCAUCGAAAGUUGGUGAAAUUUGCGAAAGCAUGGCAAAUGAACAAUUACAGGAAUCAACGAAAGAUGAUAAUGAAAAUAAUUCGAAUCGACAGAAAACCAUUAAGGAAGAAAUCCUGCCUGAUGAAUCAACAUCGAUCGUAAAGAAAAAAGAUGAGGAAGUUUUAACGAAAUCCGAUAAGAAUAUCGCCACUUCUUCAACUUCGUCAGGUACGUCGUCAUCAUCAGCUUUUAAUAAAAAUAUUGUAGAAUCGAGUCCAGAGUGUAGGAAAAUUUUAAAACGUUAUAAAUUUGAAGGUUUAAGUUUCGGCCUCACUUCACAUGAUAAAAUGAAACAGGAUUCGGGAGAAAACAAGAAAAACAAAUAAUUUCCAAUUGAAUUUUUUUUGCUUUCUUUAAAAUUCUUUUUUUUAAAUUUGUAAUUAUAUUUUUAUCAUUUAUUUUGGAUCCGCGUAUUUACACAGUUUCAAUACAAAAUUAAUUUUUGAUUUUGUUAAUAAUCUCUAGUCAAAACAUUCAAGAAAAAAAAAAUGCUCUUUGUAUUAAAUGAAAAAAAGUACGAGAACUGGGAAAUUGAAAUUUAAGUUAUUCACGUUUCGAAAUUUCGAGAUAAUUUAAUUUAAUUGACGAAAAAUAAUAUUUAAAAAAAUGUGUAUACAUUCUUAAUUAAAAGAAAUAUGUGGAAAAAUAUUUAGUUUUCAAAUUUAGUUGUUUUAGGGAAUUUCAGUUUUUUUUUAAAUUCAUCUCGUACGAAAAGAAAAUUAAUUCAUUUCAGCUUUUAUUUCGAAUAACAGUCCGAAUCUAAUUCGAAUUAAAGGGAAUAAAAUAUAAUCAAACUUUUUCUUAUUUUCAACAAUAUUAUUAAAUUCGAAGAUAAAAAUGAAAAGUUUUUUUUUUUUAGAAAAUAGCGAAAUUGUCUUUAGCAAAAUAUUUUGUGAUAAAAUAAAUUCAAGUUUAUAUUUGAAUUUAAAUAUUUACAAAUAUAUUUUUCUAAAGAUCCAAAAAUCAUCGA